AUGCGGGCACCUUGCAAUUUGGUAAAACGUUCCAAAUGUGCAAUUUAUUGUGCAGUGUUGGUUGUGACACUAAAUAGUGUGAUUUUCUACAAGAAACAGGAGGACUCGAGGACGUGUGUAUCAGGGGUGGAGCACCGCUCCCGAGGACCCAUUGAUGGAGCUGACCCCCGGGUGGUGGCGCUGGUGAGGGAGAACUACCUCCAACAACCCUCCAACCUCCCUUACAACCUCUCCACCAACCCCAAAUACAAGGCUGCUGCAAAACAAGACUCUUGGGGAUUGAUUUAUGCAUAUACGAGGACCAUGUUUGAGGGCCACCGCGGCGGAGUCUUCAUAGAGUCCGGGGCACUGGACGGGGAGUACCUGUCUAACACCUUGUGGCUGGAACAGGAGCUGGGAUGGACGGGGCUACUGGUGGAACCCGACCCGGAUAGUUUCCGACAGAUGACAUUCAAGCACCGUAAAGCUUGGACUACCAACACCUGUCUCUCCAGGACUACCUAUCCGCAGGAAACUAUCCAUGUGGGACUGCGGCUAGGGCCUGGGUAUGUGGGCAACAGGUGGAACUAUCGGGGUUCCUCUCACACUAUAGGAGUCCAACUCGGGUCGGCCAUAUAUGAUAAGUUUCUGAGCUUGUCCGAAGAGACCUACCACACCGUGCAGUGCUUCCCUCUGGUGUCCUACCUCAGGGCACUAAACAUGUCCACGGUGGACCUGCUGGUGCUGGACAUGCAAGGUGUCGAGAAGGAUGUGUUGAGGGCGUUCCUUCCCUCCCAUCCUGACCUCUCCGUCAGGGUCAUAGUGGUCGAGGUGACCGAUGACACUCCUGACCUCACCUUCCAACACUUCAUGACAACGGCAGGAUACACCUGGGUCAACCAAAACAAAAGUUCAGAAUGGAAUGAUUACAUUUAUGUCAAACGUGACGACCCCGACUUCAGUAGGAUAAGUCAGCUCUUCAAGUACUUGAAAACUCAAUUAGUAAAAUAG